AUGCCUCCGAGAAGGAGAAACAGAAUCCAAGAAGAAGAUGAGGAACAGAGAAAUCCUACACCACCACCUCCUCCACCACCAGAGAGGAGAAUAGAGGAAUUUUUCCUAAGACAAAGUCCACCGGUGUUUAAUGGAUCUGGAGAUCCUGCUGAGACGGAAGAGUGGAUCCGGAGUAUAGAACGGAUCUUUAGAUUUUUGAGAUGUGAUGAUCACGAGCGUCUUACAUGCAUGUCCUAUCAACUGAAGGGAUCUGCAGAUUUCUGGUGGGAAGCUAAACAGAGAACCAUGACCCCAGAGCAACUAGAUGCCCUUACUUGGGAUCAGUUCAAAGCAGCUCUGUGUGAGAAGUAUAUACCCCGGAGUUACCGGAAAAAGAAGGAAACAGAUUUUGCCAAUUUGAAGCAAGGCAAUAAGACAGUAGCCGAGUAUGACCGGCAAUUCUGCGAUUUGGCUCGAUAUGCCCCAUAUCGAGUGGACACGGACGAAAAGAUGUCGGAACUAUUUUGUUCUGGUUUGAAGCAAGAGAUACGAGUUGUGUUAGCAAGCCAGAGUGCGCUAACGUAUGCUGAAGCGCUGAACAGAGCACUAGAUAUGGAAUUGGCUAUGUAG